GUCACCUGUUAAAAAGUAAUUCACAAAAGACUGGUUCACUGCUCAGUGGAGAAUGUCGCACACAAAGUGCAAAAUGAGUUUCUCAGAUGAACAAUUGGUAAUUAUCUAUGAAGCAGAUGCAGAGCAAUGGGCAACAUAUUUAAAGUCUGUUCUUGCUGAGAAAAUUGAUGGCCAAAAUAUUUGCUGUCAUGAUAUUGGACAAGGUUUCAUCAAGAAGGAAGACUUUCUUAAACUCAGCUUGUACAAAUGUAAAAUUCUCAUCCUAUCAAAAGGAAUGUUGGAUGUUCUCAGACAGAUCAAGAGGUUCUUUUUGGCCAGAGCUCUGUGGCCAAUAAACACAGUAGUGAUCCUGAGGUGUGGAGUCACCAAUUCUAAAGACCUGUAUGAUAUUUUGCCUAUUGGGAAUGAAUGUUUAGAGAUGUCAAGUGAACAGGAUCCUGAAGAAUACUUAGCUGUUGUCACUAGAGUCAUUGAAAGAGGUGCUAACACUACUACACCUGUCAUUUCUUCAAACCAAAAAAGAGGCGCAAUGGAAUGUGUUAAAGGACAAACACAGUCUACUGAAGGUCCUGAUCUUAAAUCAUCUGUGUUGGUAGUUCCAAGAAAAAUUCAGUGUGAGUGUCCUGGAGACAUUUUUAUUUUGUUUCAAGAUGGGUCACAUCUGAAAGACAUGGAAAUAGAAUUUCAGUCCAACAUUCGGAAACAAAAGGUUAAGCCAUUGCUGUGGAAUCAGAACACACUUCGUGUGAAAGCAUUGGAUUUCCCUGCAGGAGUUGUACAUGUGAACAUCUAUUUUGAGGGAACAUUAAUAGCUAAUGUUGAGCUCUUUUACUACACCACAAUGGGACAGAUAGAAAACCUUCUCAACAAUGUUGCAGAUCCUGUAAGCUUCUCAUGUCAAGCUUUAGGGGUUUCAUCAACAAAGGAGCUUGACCAUCUUCUCACUUCUUCACUGAAGAACAGAAUGCCAGCCAGUGGUUUAGAGAUUUUUCAGACUCACUACAAUCAAAAAAGUAAUAUUCCAGUGGGAAAUGAUUCAGAAGAACUUCCUACUCUUCUGCAUUUUGCUGCUAAGAAUGGACUUAGGAAUCUUUCAACUUUGCUUCUACAAUGUCCUGGAGCUGAAAUAGCCAUUAAAAUGACCAACAAGAAUGGUGAAAGCCCAGUUCAGCUUGCUGAGAAAAAUAAUCAUGCACAAUUAAAAACAGUACUAGAGGAUAUGCUGAUUAAACUAGAGUGUACUGAAGAUCAUGUGGAUGAGAGCAUUUAUGAAUUAAUGCAUUCAGCCCCCAAGCAUUCUAAAAGGAUUAAUGAAAAAGAACCCACUGAUGUUAAAACCCCAGAAGAAGAUGAAAGUGAUCUACAAGAGGAAGACCCUUAUACCCUUGUGGGAAAAGAUGAUGACGUCUAUGAUAUGAUACUCACCUCAAACAAGAAUUUUUCUGAAAAAUCGCGUGGUGCUUCCAUCAUAAAUAGACCACCUGCUCCUGCUCCUCGGCCUCCUAAGUCUACAGAUAAUGAAGACAGCACACCUUACAUUGCCAAAGUUUUCCAACAGAAAUCUGCUCAAGGAGAUAAUGGAGCACUGUAUUCAAACCCUUUAAGACAAUUCAAAGGAAGAGACAGUUUGACAUCAACCUAUGACACGUUCAUACCACGACAGCCCUUUGGACUGGACCAACUCGUGGCACUACAGGAGAGAGUCAAGAGAAAUUCAAUUACGGUGGAUGAAGCACUGGAGAAGUUCAGUGACUGGCAAAAAGAGCAAAUGCAAAGAGGGAUGGAUUUAGCACAGCAGUUGUUCACGUUUCUGUUCAUUGUGAAGGCAUUUCCACCAUGCUGCCAGGAAUAUAAAUUCAAUUCUGUGGUAGAGUUAAGGCUUUAA